UUGCUCCGAAUUCGAACGGGAUAAUUUGAGACAUAGCCGGCCCGGCACCUAAACCCACGCUGAAAGAUGCGCAAUGCGCACCCUUUUCCACCGCCUAACUAACCCUAGUUAAGGGAACCCCCGGCUCUAUAUAAUCAUACCAGACCCACGCUCUCUCUGCUCAUUCUCACCCAAAUCGGCCUCUUCUCUGACAAAUUCGGUUAGUUUUUUUUUUUGGGGUAUAUAACAAUGGCUUCCGCCGAUCUUGAGUACCGGUGCUUCGUUGGUGGCCUGGCCUGGGCUACCACCGACGAGGCACUCCAAGAAGCCUUCAGUCACUUUGGCGAGAUCGUCGAAUCGAAGGUCAUCAACGAUCGGGAGACAGGAAGGUCCCGAGGAUUCGGAUUCGUGACCUUCAGGGACCAGCAGGCGAUGAAGGACGCGAUUGAAGGGAUGAACGGCCAGAAUCUCGACGGCCGUAACAUUACCGUCAACGAGGCUCAGUCCCGCUCCGGCAGUGGCGGCGGCGGUGGUGGUUACAGGAGUGGUGGACCCCGCAGAGACGGCGGCGGCGGCGGAGGUGGAUACAAUCGUGGAUAUGGAAACGGCGGUGGUGGUUAUGGCGGCGGCGGCGGUGGGUACGGAGGCGGUGGAUACGGUGGUGGCCGGGACCGUGGUUAUGGCGGUGGUGGUUACGGAGGCGGCGGCGAUGGCGGUUCCCGCUACUCUUCCAGGGGCGGUGGUGCCUCCGACGGAAACUGGAGGAGUUAGAUGAUUAUAGAUUAGGAGGGAUAUGUGGAAGGUGUCAUGAUUUUGGAUUAACUUUGUGUUUAAAAUUAGCCGUGGUUCUGAUCGGUUUGGUUCUUGGUUACUUGCUUGUCCGAGUUCUGGUUCUUGUUCUCUCUGUGUGUCCGUUGCAUUGGGUUCUUGUUCGCGUUUCGGGUUACUGUUCGGGUUUACGGUUACGCUCCCAUGGAAUUGUUGUGUCUGGAAAAUGAAUGAAUGGAAACUGAGUACAUAUCUUCAUUUUGCAAAAUAUCUGAGUCUUUGGCGCCGUUAUUAUUAUUAUUAUUAGUAUUAUUUUAUGGG